AUGGGAGGGCAGACUAGAAGAGGAGGUUAUUUCACGACUGAUGGUAUGAAUACUAUUGUGGCUUGUAGGUCUGUCAAUGAUGAUAUUAUAAAUGCAUUAGCAAACAACUGUCCUGAUAUCGAGCAGGUAGACGUUCUUGGUACCGGAUUAAUUCAUGCUGAGUCAAUCAUGAGGUAAAAUCAAUGCUCGCUAUGACCUGGUCAUUUUACUUACAGCUAAUAAGCAAUACUACACACAAUAUGUUACUGAUCAACCGCUUUUAUUUCACUGGUCACACUAAACGAUUUUUAUGUUUACAUGAAAAAAAAAAUUCAUUUGAACACCGUAAUUAACGGAAGACAUGAAAAGUACUUUCAGUACCAAAGGAAAGUGCUGCUCAGUAGCUUUCAUUUGGAUAGUUACCCUUCAGGAUUUCAUCCAUAGACUCAAAAGUUAAAAUCACAUUGUACAGCGUAAUAAACAGUACCACAAGAAAGAAGUGCUGCUUUCAUUUGAAUGGUUACUCAUCCACAGACUCGUAAGUGAGACCACCACGUACAAGUACUUAAUUUUCAGAACACACUACUCAUUGCUUUGGUCUCAUCCCCGGGGGCGGGGGACUCCCAUAUGAAACAGAGGGGGAUGCUCGUCGUCUCGGUUAGGGGUGUAAAUUUUGGAUUUUGGUCUCGCUUAGGGUGUUCCGGGCAAAGCGCCAAUAUUUUAAGCCGCCAAGGUCUCGUUUAGGGUUCCGCAAAGAACUUGAGAUUUAUGACAAUGCUUUUAAAAACUACUAUUAGAUAAAAGGAUUCGAUGAUUAUGUUAGGCUCCUGCUUUAUAUCAUUAAAACUCAUUGCAUGUCGUAUUUGUGUGUUUUUAAGCGGUCUCUUUUAGGGGUCAAAAUUUGCUUAAGCCACGCCCAGAUUGGUCUCCUUUAGGGGUCACAAAAAGCUUGAGCCACGCCCAGAUGGUCUCCUUUAGGGGUUAACUUCAAAAUUUCCCACGAGCAUCCCCGUCUGUUUUAUAUGGGAGUUCCCCCCGGGGUCUCACCCAAGGCUAAACCAUAUUCUUCAGUUCUCGCGAGGGAACAGGAGCUAGUUCACAGACGAGGCGAAAACGAGGAACUACAGGGUAACUAACAAUCGUCUGCAAAAUUUACCAGAUUUUUGUUGUUUGUUUUUGCAGACUGCUAAGACAAUGCAAGCAUCUGAAACUUCUUGACGUGUCUUUCUGCUCGCAGUUAACAGUUGAAAUCGUUGAAGGGUUGCAAGAAAUGUAUCCAGCGGUAUCAAUCAAAAAAAGCUUUAUUGUUGAGGAAUCUGCUGCAUAAUAAAAGGAACAGAUGAAUGUUGGAAUAGGACCUGAAAGAACUCAUUUUCCCACUUAACCGACAUGGCUACCUCGACACUCUUUUCGGUGAAUUCAUUAAGUCAGUUUAUUAGACUGCGGUGUUUAGUGAAAAUGGUUACGUUGACCUUAUUUUUUGGAAGAAAAUAUGACACUUUCUAUGUAGUCUUUAUACUGCCAGGUUCUGUCGAUAGUAAUAUGAUGUAUAAUAGUACCUCCAUGAGAAUAACAAAAAGCUUUGCGUCUCUCUGUCACCCGAUUGGGCCCAGAUACAGAUAGGAGGAGGAGUAUGCCUUCAAAUCAAUUUCGUUACCAGGACAUCUCCCCUAUCCUGGGAACGAGGUGCCCUGUAAAUAAGAGGAGAUGUGUACUUGAGUGACAAGCGAAAAGGAGUGAAAAUAUUUUUCCACAAAGUGGGUAAAUUUUUUUAAUUUCGGGAUUGAAAUUCUGGAGAUGUCGUGACGUUAAAUGAUUUGUUUUAUGACGUCGGUUAGUGUCAUGGUGUUUUUAGCCAAUUGAUCAGUUUUAUUUUUGUUUUUACCUGAUGAAAGAGCUGGGACAGUCAGUCAGAUGGAACAUGGGCAUUUUUAAUUUAUUCGUACACUCUAUUUGCUGUGAUUAUGUUUGUACAACUUUCUCAAGAAUGUAAUGUAUUAACCUAGCAAUUAUUGCAAUUUACUGUAAAGUAAAAGUUCUGGAAAUGUAAAGCCUACAUUGGUUUACAAUUUAUUUACUAUACUUUCCAGUGUAUAUAAUAAAUAUCUUGAAGGAUGCAUACUCUUAGCAUGUUUUAUUCCUCCUUUGAUUUUUUGUGCAAAUUUCAGACUUUUUAUUUAUUAUUUAGAGUUUUCAUUUAUUCUCAAUAUUCUUUUAUGUCUUUUAUACUGUUGAUGAUCGUACACAUGAUAUUACCCGAUCUCUCCUGGUCUUAUUCACGAUUUUUCUGGGAUUCUUUUAAACUUUCACUCAAAUUACUGGAGCCUGGGAAUGUUUGUGUAGAAGGUGCUGCUGUAAUCCUUAUUAUUAUUAUAAUUAUUACUAAUACGAAUCGAAUUAGUAACAAUAUUUAAUUUCAAUUUUUUGUAGCAAACACUA